AUGAACUCUCUUCGCAUUGCCCGCGCUGCCCUGCGCGUGCGCCCGGCCGUGGCCCGUAUGGCUGUUCAGCGGAGAACCUACGCCGAUGCCGUUCCGGACAAGAUCAACCUGAGCCUGUCUCUGCCUCACCAGUCCAUCUACAAGUCGCAGGAUGUCGUGCAGGUCAACAUCCCGGCCGAGUCGGGCGACAUGGGUGUCCUGGCCAACCACGUGCCGUCGAUCGAGCAGCUGAAGCCCGGCGUGCUGGAGAUCAUUGAGGAGAGCGGCAGCAAGCAGUACUUCUUGUCCGGUGGUUUCGCCGUCGUUCAGCCCAACUCUCACCUGAGCAUCAACGCUGUCGAGGGCUACCCCCUGGAGGACUUCAGCGUCGAUGCGGUCAAGUCGCAGCUGGCUGAGGCGCAGAAGGUUGCCAGCGGCAGCGGCAGCGAACGCGAGAUCGCUGAGGCCAAGAUUGAGAUUGAGGUUCUUGAGUCUCUCCAGGCCGUUCUGAAAUAA